AUAAUUAGCAUGUAACACUAUAUCGAACACCGCUUCGUAUAGGAAAAAUAAGAUGAAUAUCCAGAACAGAGAGACGCCCUAUACAGCCAAACAGUGAAAUAGGUUUUCUUCAUAUUGAGUUAUCUAAAAAGAAAAGAAAAUUCUUCAUAGUGCAACGGCCCCGUCUGUUGUCUUCGGAAAAAGAGAACAGCCUAUAUAACCACCAUUUCUUUUCCAUGCACGCUUCCAUUCCGUCCUCUCCUUCAAAACAGCGCCAGCAACGAAGCCAUCGAGCCUGUGAGCCAAUCCCCGUCCUCCAUUCCCCAAUUUCUUCCCCCGAGCCGGUGAGCCUAUCCCCGUCCUCCGCCGCAAGACAUACAAACCAAGCGGAGCUCCCCCUGUGUGUGUGUUCCGUUCCGGCCAAAUCCGAUUUGCAGGGCAGUUGCUAAAUUCUGCAGCGCCUCAUCAACCACACAUUCCUUCAGAGGAAUUACCAAUCCUGAAGAGAGGAGGAGGAGAAGAAGAAACCUAAGUUAGCUAGUUCCAGAGAUUGAUGGAGGACAAGAAGAAGGACCUGUUCCGGCGACUGACGAUCAUCUCAAUUCCGUUCGUGUUCGUGGCCAUCCCGUCCAUCGUGAUCUUCGUGGGCAUGCUGUCGCCGCACGCGCAGGAGCCCAAGGUGGCGGUGGCGUCGCCUGAGCAGAACCACACGGUGGGGUUGCUGAGCACGAUGACCGGCGGGCAGAUGAUCCUGAGCUGCCGCGCCGCGUACUCGGGCAACUGGGAGUACUUCCACUACUUCAUCCUGGACCCCUACAAGCCGCAGCACGCCUUCUUCCAGCCGCAGACGAACAACUACGCCAUCCUCUGCAAGUGGGGGUACAUGGGCAACUUCCUCCAGGAUGUGGUCGUCUUCAACAGCAGCGCUCCCUACGCGCGGUUCUGCCGAGUCGACGCCGGCGGGUGCCGGUACCUGUUCCAGGACGGCCACAUGUUCCUCGUCACUGGGAGGCACGCCACCAAGGAGGCGCCAUGGCAGAAGCGGGAGAAGAAGCUCGUCGGGGACGUGCUGCUUAGAGAUUGCAAUCACAUCAUGGGCGUGUUCCCCUCCAUGUGCCACUACAAGAAGCAUGACAAUCCGUACGUCGGCAAGAUCAUCGGCCGGUGGCGCUGGUGGUUUAACUACUAGCUCGCCCGUCGGCCAGCCAUUAUUGCUAGUUGGUUAAGAGUUUAGUUAGAUGUAACACCAAUGUUAUACAGUGGUGAACAGCCAGUUAUACAGAUUGCUAUUGAAGAGAUGCUGUCAGGUUCCUCAGGAUAUCCCUUUCUUGAAUUGGUGACAAGUUGUAUAUAUUAGCAGGAACAUACCCUACUCGACAUAUAUCAGUGUAUAGGUGGUACAACAAAAAUCUGUAUGCCAAGCAUCAUAUGCUGGUAUAAAUAGGAUGAGACGUGGGUUAGGGAGUGUACGAACAAAUGAAAGAACUGCUACAGGAUGCACAGGGUGCGGUUACAAUGGUGGAUAGAAGUAUGAUGAUACUGAGAAGCCUAAGAAGAGAA